CGGGGACGCUGGAGGAGCGGCGGGAGGAGCAGGGCGCCGGUGGCCCGGGGGUCCGUGUGCCCGGUGCCCCCCGGCAUGGAGGCGGCGCGGCCCCCCGACCUCUGGCUGCCGCUGCUGCUGCUGCUGAGCACCACGCUGGGCUUUCGGGGGCUGCAGCGCCUGCUGCGCCGCCUGCCCCUGCCCCGCCACGUGCGGCCGGACCCCCUGCGCACCUGGCGCUGGCACAACCUCCUCGUCUCCUUAGCCCACUCCGUCGUCUCGGGCGUCUGGUCGCUGCUGUGCGUGUGGCAGACGCCGCAGAUGCUGGUGGACAUCGAGACGGCCUCGUCGCCCUCGGGCUACCUGCUGGUCUGCUUCUCCGCAGGCUACUUCAUUCAUGACACGAUGGACAUCCUGGUGAGCCGACAGGCCAGGGCCUCCUGGGAAUACCUGCUGCACCACAUCAUGGCCAUGGGCGCCUUCUUCUCUGGCAUCUUCAAGUGCCGUUUUGUGGCGGGAGGGGUGCUGACCCUAUGGGUGGAGGUGAGCAACAUCUUCCUGACCCUGCGCAUGAUGAUGAAGAUCAACAACGCCCAAGGCCUCGUCCUCUACCGCAUCAACAAGUACGUCAACCUGGUGAUGUACUUCCUGUUCCGCCUGGCGCCCCAGGCCCACCUCACCCGGUUCUUCCUGCGCUACGCGGCCGAGCGGACGCUGGGCACCUUCCUCAUGGUCAUCCUGCUGCUGCUGGACCUCAUGAUCCUCACCUACUUCUCCCGCCUGCUCCGCUCGGACUUCUGCCCCCGGUGGGGACGGGGCCAGCCGGGCAAGGAGGACGAUAAGUUCCUGACGGACUGAGCGGGACGAGCGGCGACGGCGUGGGUACGUGGGGCCGGUUCCGGGACGCGGGCCGGAGCACGGGGGAGACCCCGAUGUCGGAAGGGAGGGGCCGCCGCCCCUCUCUCGGCGAAGACCCCACGCCCGUCGAGGCGGUGGCAAGGCCAAGAGGGUGUCAGGGUGACCUCUUCGGGGCGAGCGAGCUCCUUAUUGAAGUCGACUCAAACCCGCGCCGGGGCCUCGUGUGCUUCUGUUGGGAGGUGGGGGGAGGGCACCCACCCGGGUGGGCAAACCAGUCUAACAGGAGGGGUGAGGGUGGAGGCAGGGGCCGGGCUGCCGGCCCGCACCAACCUUUAAGGCCACCGGCCCCAGCCAAGGAGGUUUGGGGCUGUUUUCCAGCCAGACCAGCUUAGCCAUAGCCCAUCUGGCCCACGCCUUCGUCGUCUCACCCCUGUGGCACCGAGGUUUCAGAGACGGUGCUGACUCACACCUGGCCUGCCUCUGUUAGGGGAGGUCGAGGCGCCGCCCUGGCUUGUUCCAGCUCUGCCCCCUCCCCACCCCAAGCGAUACUCGGGCCGGUUAAAGCUGGCUCGGGGCUUUGUCGGAAAUGGACCCCGCGGGGUUGCGGCGUAUGCGCUUCAACCUUCGUCGUUGCCCUGCCGGGGGACAGACCUCCUUUCUUCCACUUCCUAUCCGGGGCCGAGCAGGAGGCGGUCCAGCUCACGGACUUGGGCCAGCCGACUUUACGGCCGUGAUAGUAGCCAUUCCUCCCCCGGCUGGGUGGUCCCCCGUUUCCAGAGCAGGGCCAGCGGGUGUGGGCAGACUAAAGCCAAAUAAAAAACUCUGUGUGUA